UCUCCAACCGAGAGACGUGUCUGUAGUCACAGGGUUUAUUUAACACGUAGACCAAACCACUCCUCUAUCACACAUUAUCCGGGAGUAGAGCCUCUGAACUAUAGCUGUACUUGGAUCUCAGAGUGGCAACAUCACAUUGUCAGUCUAUGCAAAGCAAUAUCCUGAUGAAAGAUUAUUAUUUUAUAGGAAAGGAGUUUGCUGUUUAAUACAAUUACAUAACGGAAAUAUUAAGAUUAAGAACACGUUUUAAGAUAGCAAUAUUUGGUGAACAUUGAAACAACUGAAGAAGACUUUUUAAGGUUGCGUUUUUUGAAGACCAAUAUUUGGAUUUCAUAAAGACGCAAAAUGGAGAGUAUUAUAAGUGCGCAACCUCCUCCUUGUAUGGCAAAACAUCAGUCGCUGGAGAUGGCAGACAUGCAAGGAAUGGAAUUCCCAAUGUAUGUGUACAAACCACGAAGGGGAUUGAAGCGCGGGGAAGACAGCAAGGAGACAUACAAGUUACCUCACCGAUUGAUUGAGAAGAAAAGGCGCGACAGAAUCAAUGAAUGCAUUGCCCAACUGAAGGAUUUAUUGCCAGAACAUCUCAAACUUACAACACUGGGCCAUUUGGAGAAGGCUGUGGUGUUGGAACUUACCCUGAAGCAUGUGAAAUCACUGAGCACACUUCUGGAACAGCAGCAGCAGAAAAUCAUUGCAUUGCAGAAUGGCUUGCAAAUUGGUGACCAGAGCAGUAUUAGCUCAGAGACCAGUGAGGAGAUGUUCCGCUCUGGCUUCCACGUUUGUGCUAAGGAGGUCCUCCAGUACCUGGCUAACCAAGACAGCAGCAGAGACCACCUGACUCCCUCCCACAUGAUCAGCCACCUCCACAAAGUGGCAUCCGAGGUGUUCCAGGAUCCACCCAGCCCGCCCAGGCCAGUUGAGUCGAUCCACAAACCUGCCGAGGUCACGGAGGAGCCCGCUGGUCGUCUGCCUAAGAGCAAUGAGAGCCAUGCCAAGAACUUUGUGUCGGUCAUUCAGAGGACAUACCCCCAGGGACACGGAGAGCAGAGUGGCAGUGACACGGACACGGACAGCGGAUACGGUGGGGAGCCCGAGAAACACGACACCAAAGCCCAAUGCGCGGGCUACUACGGCAAGGAGGCAGAGCUCAAGCUGGCUGCGGCUGAGAGAAUGGUGGGAGGCGGCAUCAAGCAGGAGGGUGAAGAGCCACGGGCCAAGAGGUUAAGGGCCAACUCCUCUGAGGACGAGUCUUCCUCUGGACAGGUGGUCAGCGGCCACGGCAGCUACGUGGGCUUCUCUCAACACCAGUCCCCGGUUUGUGUACCGUUCUACCUCAUCCCCCAGAUGUCUGCCGCAUGGCCCAUGCUGGAGAAGUGCUGGUACCCAGGGGGCAUGCCCCUUUUGUAUCCAGGCAUGAGCGCCUCCGCAGCCAGCCUGUCUCCAGAGAAACAACCCCAAAACCUGGUGAUGCCUCCCAGGGCAGGUUCUCCGGCACCCCAUAGGACCUCCAUGGACUCAUCAGCCCUACUCCAGGCUUUAAAGCAAGCCCCCCCAAUGAACUUAGAAUCCAACGACUGAUAGACUCAUGUUCUGGCACCCGGCUCUAUGAACGUUUGGUGCUGAACGGAAUCGCCUGCUGGAAGGCAUCCGGGGAAGGGAGAACCAGGACGAGAGCACCCGUGCGUUUCCUUCAGCGUCAGUAGCUGUUUGGCUCCUCUGCACACGUCCUCCCUUUGAGAGCAAACAACAACUCUCACAACACAAACCCCAGCGGCCACCGCCCUCCUGUCCAUCACCCGUUCACUGAGAGGGACGUGGAGCCAGUCAGCACUGAGGCUCAGUCCCUCCGGAGGCUCACAUAUGACCGGAUGGAAUGUUCUAAGACACUGUGAGGAGGUGGACAACACAAGGACAUGACCAAACUGGACAUGACACAGGGACUUACUGGGGGGGAUUGCUUCUCUGUACGUUGAAUGUCAGAGUUACACCCGGAAUGUGAUGCGUAGACAGUACAGCACUCUGUCAUUCGGACCUGCCCUUUGCACACACUGGUCUGUAAUGAAUGUAAGAAUUGAACAAAAACGCCUAUAGAUGCCGCAUGAGUUUCUUCUUGUUGUAGACAUGUGACUGGAGGACCCAGGCUACAUUUUCCGCAUCUGUAGUUGCUGAAACUGCAACAGACCGUCCUUUAGACUAGAACGCUACCAAAAAUAUCUCUGGUUUAUGUUGACCAGGUUUGUCACAAAUCCAUUACUCUUUCACCCACCAAGUGUACUGUAACUUGCAGCUAAAUGAACUCCGCUGAUUUGCAUUCAUUAAACAAAUCACAAUGGUGUCACCGGACCUGAUGUGUGUCACCCAUGUAAAUGUCAGAUGUGCAUAUUAGUUUUGAGUUUGAAACUCGCUACCAUUUGUGCAAGUAGUUGUGCAACUUGUGUGAAAUGCAGUCAUGUCUUGUAAUUAUUCAGUUUUUACUACUCUUACAUCUCUAUUUUUGAUACAUGACCUAUAGAGUGUAUUUGCUUUGUGACUAGAGGGAGGACGUUUUAGAAGACCAUUUUGCUGUAUGCCAAGAGAAUGUGUACAUUGUGCUAGACCUUGUUUGUGUCAUGCUCAUUAAUCACUUCUGGUCUGUUCAGUUUCUGGCCAGAUCUUAUUUUAUGCUGUUGCCUUUAAUUAUUAAAUGCAGCCAGAAAUGAUGGCAAAUGUCUAAAUGUAUUUGUAUUAAUUAUUGAGUCAAAGAGAGGAAAGUGAAUGUAAUGUUAACAGAACAUCUUAGUUUUGUAUAGGAUGAGGUACUUGUGGUUUUUAUUUUCGGAAGUAACAGAAAUUUGCUUGUUGUACAUAUUUUGUCUGUGAAGUAUUGUUGACAUACCUUUUAAAAUAUAUUAAUAAAGUUGUUUUUUUCC